AUGAAACAAACCUUCGCCUUACUAGAUUCGUACGGAGACGGGUCCAUAGCUAUGGAGGAAAUGGGGUUAGUUAUACGCUCCCUAGGGCACUAUCCUUCCGAGGCCCAAAUAAAGGAGCUACAACGAGCAGCGGAGGAAUCUGAUCAUAACGAAACUGGACGGAUUUCGUUUCCGGAAUUUUUAUCGCUGUAUACAUCAUUUAAGAAACUUAUCCCGAAAAACGUAAACCCUAUCCAAGAUAUGAGGGUAGCAUUUCAGACCCUCUAUCAGGAUACAGACGAAAGUAUAUCUGUUGACCACUUACGAAGAAUCCUGUCAAACUGUGGGGAAAAGCUGAGCGAAGAGGAAGUCGACGAGAUUCUAGAGGAUGCAGAUGUUGACGGAAAAGGAAACAUAAAUUAUAAUGGUAAUACAUCUACUGUACUUAAUCUUCAGUUGUAA